AUGCUCUGCCAUGACUCAGACAGCAGAGAGACAGACGACGGGGACGGAGGGACAGGGGGAGGAGCCAAGGACAGACAGACACGGAGUCAACGUUACCGUCAGGUUGAAGCCGAACUUCUGUCCUCCUCCAGUCGUCCUCGGCGCUCUGAGAGGUGUGUGUCGCCGUGCGAUGACACCCUGAGAGAGAAGUUUCCCUCCAUCGUGUCUCUUCCUGAAGGCUGCGGCUCAGAGGUCAUGACCUUGAAUCAUCCCGAGCUUCCAGGCUGCUGCUUCUUCAUUUACUGGUGCGUGGAUGUUUCCACAGGGGGCGCUGUCACUCCCAAGAUCCAGCUGCUGUCAAAGAUCCCAGAGAAAGCUCUGCAGCUGUUCCCCAGUCACCCAGCAGGGGGCGGCGCUGCUGGGGCUUUUCAGAGCCUGCUGAGGAUUCUGGGAACUGAAGCCGCCAUUGAGUCCAUCAUCAGAGCCGUUAGCCUCUCAGAGAGCGACGAACUCAGCAAUUAGCAGCUCCAGAGGUUCUGCUGGACCUCUGCUGAUCCUGAACCAGAACUUUAUUCCCUAUUCUGGACGAGACAAAUGCACAAGAAGCAGACAAACCAGCAGAACUCUUUGGUCCAAAUGUACAAAAAUAAAAUAAAUGAUUUCAAUAGAAAACACCAGACAGCU